AUGGGUAACAUAUCUAACGAGAACGAAUAUAGCGCAACAACCCAGCCCAUCGACGUGAAACGACUAUGCUGUUUAGGAGCUGGAUAUGUCGGAGGUCCGACUUGUUCCGUGUUGGCCUUGAAGUGUCCACAUAUCGUAGUUACCGUCGCUGAUCCGGAUGAGGAACGAAUAGCCCGAUGGAAUUCUGACAAAUUACCCAUAUAUGAGCCGGAUUUGGAUGAAAUUGUGACGAAAUGUAGGGGACGGAAUCUGUUCUUCACCACUGAUCUCGCGAAGUCCAUCCAAGAGGCUGAUCUCAUAUUCAUCUCGGUGAACACCCCAACAAAGACUUACGGCUUCGGAAAAGGCAGAGCUGCUGAUUUGCGAUUCGUCGAGAGCGCGGCACGAUCGAUAGCAGAACAUGCACGAACUUACAAAAUUGUCGUGGAAAAAUCUACGGUGCCCGUCUCAGCGGCUGAAAGUAUUACAAAGAUCCUUAGGGCCAACAUCAAACACGAGGCGAAGUUCCAAGUUCUCUCCAACCCGGAAUUCUUGGCUGAGGGAACGGCAGUGUCCGAUCUCUUCCGACCGGAUCGUAUCCUCAUUGGAGGGGAACAGAGUCCGGAGGGUCUGUCCGCGAUCGAGAGCCUCUGUCGAGUGUAUGAGAAUUGGGUACCGAGAGAGAAGAUCAUCACCAUGAAUACGUGGUCCUCGGAGCUCUCCAAGCUCGCGGCCAAUGCAUUCCUUGCCCAGAGAAUCAGCUCGAUCAACGCCAUGAGCGCUAUUUGUGAAGCCACUGGCGCCGAUGUGCAAGAAGUUUCCCACGCGAUCGGUUCUGAUUCGCGGAUAGGUUCGAAAUUCCUGCAGGCGUCGGUCGGUUUUGGUGGAAGCUGUUUCCAAAAAGAUGUUCUGAACCUUGUCUACAUCAGUGAGUCGUUGAAUCUCCCCGAAGUCGCGAACUAUUGGUACCAGGUGAUCGAGAUAAACGAUUUCCAAAGAACGCGCUUCGCCAGGAGGAUAACGCAGGGCAUGUUCAAUACGGUUGCCGGGAAGAAAAUCGCCAUAUUCGGUUUUGCAUUCAAGAAAAACACAGCUGACACUCGAGAGAGCGCUGCCAUUCACAUCUGCAAACAAUUGAUUGAAGAAGGAGCUCACCUGAAAAUUUUUGAUCCUAAAGUGAAAAAAGAGCAAAUUCUCCUAGAUCUCAGCGAUGAUUUCUCGGCUCCGAGCACAUCGCUCCUGCGGCAAGUCGAGAUCCUGUCAUGUCCUUACGAAGCUGCGAAGCAGACGCACGCAAUCGCUUUGUGUACCGAGUGGGACUUAUUCCGAGAUCUCGACUACGAGAAAAUUUACUCUGAGAUGCUGAAACCCCCUUUCAUAUUUGACGGUCGACGUAUACUGGACGAUAAGCACCUGCGCCAGAUCGGCUUCAACGUUGAAGUCAUAGGUCAGAGAUCUGCAGGACAUUCCGUACAUUUAAGUAAUGGACACUGAUGAAUGAUGAGUCAUCAGAUCAUCAGAGAGUUCGAUUUUGUAAAAAGAAGGAAAAGGACAUCACCGCUUUUCGGUAUAAUAA